CCGCCGCUGCCGCGGCCCCUGCGGAGCCUGGAGGUGAAGUACACCAAGAUAUUUAUUAACAAUGAAUGGCAUGAGUCUACAAGUGGAAAGAAGUUCCCCACCUACAACCCUUCAACGCUGGAGAAAAUUUGUGACAUUGAGGAAGGAGACAAGCCUGAUGUGGAUAAUGCGGUGGAAGCAGCAAAGGCAGCAUUCCAGAGGGGGUCUCCGUGGAGACAGAUGGAUGCCCUAAGCAGAGGACAACUCCUGCACAAGCUGGCUGAUCUUCUUGAGCGAGACAGAGUCAUCCUGGCAACUCUGGAGACAAUGGACACAGGAAAACCUUUUCUGCAGGCUUAUUUCAUUGACCUGGAAGGUUGUAUAAAAACACUCCGAUAUUACGCUGGAUGGGCUGAUAAAAUUCAGGGCAGAACUAUCCCAGUGGAUGAAAAUUGUGUCUGUUUCACCAGGCAUGAACCGAUGGGUGUCUGUGGAGCUAUAACUCCAUGGAAUUUCCCAUUGCUAAUGCUGGUUUGGAAGAUGGCACCAGCACUGUGCUGUGGAAACACUUUGGUUAUUAAGCCAGCUGAACAAACUCCUCUCACGUCGCUGUACAUUGGCUCGCUGAUUAAGGAGGUGGGUUUCCCUCCAGGUGUGGUGAACAUUGUGCCAGGCUAUGGCCCUACAGCUGGAGCUGCUAUUUCUACCCAUCACAGCAUUGAUAAAAUUGCUUUUACUGGAUCAACGAAGGUUGGAAAACUGAUCAAAGAAGCUGCUUCUAAAAGCAACCUCAAAAGGGUGACAUUGGAGCUUGGAGGGAAAAACCCCUGCAUUGUGUGUGCAGAUGCAGACUUGGACUUGGCAGUGGAAUGUGCCCAUCAAGGCGUGUUCUUCAAUCAAGGGCAGUGCUGCACGGCUGCCUCGCGAGUGUUUGUGGAGGAGCAGAUAUAUCCGGAGUUUGUCAAGCGCAGUGUGGAGUAUGCCAAGAAGCGACUCGUUGGAGACCCCUUUGAUGCCAGAACUGAACAAGGGCCUCAGAUUGACCAAAACCAGUUUGAUAAAAUCUUGGAGCUGAUAGAAAGUGGAAAGAAAGAAGGGGCUAAGUUGGAGUGUGGGGGUCUUGCCAUUGAAGACAGAGGCCUGUUUAUAAAACCCACUGUGUUUUCGGAGGUCACUGACAACAUGCGUAUCGCCAAAGAAGAGAUUUUUGGGCCAGUUCAGCCAAUUAUGAAGUUCAAGAGUAUAGAAGAGGUCAUAAGAAGAGCCAACAGUACCGAGUAUGGACUUACAGCUGCAGUGUUCACAAAGAAUCUGGACAGAGCAUUAACGCUAGCUUCUGCACUGCAAUCGGGAACAGUCUGGAUCAACUGUUACAAUGCGCUCUAUGCACAGGCUCCUUUUGGUGGCUUUAAAAUGUCAGGCAACGGCAGAGAACUCGGUGAAUAUGCUUUGGCAGAAUAUACCGAAGUGAAAACAGUCACCAUUAAGCUCUCCCAGAAGAGUCCAUGAAAACAGAAGGCCUAAAAUGCUGACACUCUGAAUGUGACACAUGGGGGACGUGUUCAGAGCAAGGGGGAGGGGAGGGGUAGGAAGGAAAA